AUGGUAUUAAUUUGUAUUAUUAUCGGUAAAACAGCGUAUCUUUGUGAGACGCAGGGCCCUUCGGGGUCUAAGCAUGGAUCGGCAAAAGGAACUCCUGCUCGAAAGCGUAAAACGUCAGAGAAAAAUAAGGGCAGAAAAAAUUCUACAGAAGGAGGUGGGCUCACUUCCUCGCAAACUACAAGGGGAGGCCUUAGAAUAUAUAAGGUUGUUGUUUUGGGCGAUGGAGGAGUCGGAAAAUCAGCUUUGACACUACAAUUUGUGAGUCAUAGCUUUUCCGAAUAUCAUGAUCCCACAAUAGAAGAUGCUUAUCAGCAACAAGCUGUCAUAGACGGUGAAGCUGCACUAUUAGAUAUUCUGGAUACAGCAGGGCAAAUAGAAUUUAAUGCAAUGAGGGACCAAUACAUGAGGUGCGGCGAAGGUUUUAUUAUUUGUUACUCAGUUACUGAUAGGCACAGUUUUCAGGAAGCCGUGGAAUAUAAAAAGUUAAUAAAUAAAGUGAGAGCCUCCGAAGAUAUCCCUCUAAUAUUAAUCGGUAAUAAAUGUGACCUUCAACAUCAACGAAAAGUAACAAUGGAAGAAGGCCUAACAUUAGCACAGCAAUUCGGUUGCCCUUUCUUUGAAACUUCUGCGGCUCUUCGUCAUUUUGUCGACGAUGCAUUUCAUACUCUAAUAAGAGAAAUCAGAAUCAAAGAAAAGGGAAGAAAUUCAGCAGAAAAAAUACACUCGAGCAAAUGGAAAAGAUUACGGUCUAUUUUAUCUGUAAUAUUUAAAAAAAGAAGCCAUUAUUCUUUUUAA